GUCAUCAGAAGAUCAUUUGAAAAAUACAUCUUAAGUGGAGCUUAGGAUGCAUAUCGGGGAUAGGCCAGUUCCAUUGAAAAUAGAACCAAAGCCGAGUGAUCAUUGGCCAAACGGUUUUCCCCCACGUGCGUCCGCAAGCUAUAUAGAAGACCCCGCAAGGAAUUUCAUCUUCAGAACUGAAAGUCAGUGUCAAGGAAAGGCUACCUGGAAAUAUCGAAGAUGACUUUCAAUCAGCGCAUUGCAUUAUGCUUGGUGGCACUUGUCAUUGGACAAGCUGCAGCAUUGCCACAGCAUCCCCAGUACACUCAACAAUAUCCUCAGCAAUAUCAGCAACAAGUUAGAGAUGAGAGAAAGUUCGCUGAGAAACCGAACGCUAUGAAGAAGGUUGCGAUCGACGAUCUCGAGGAUAUCAGUACUAAUCAAAUUCAAGAAGGAAGCAGCAGUGGUUUCUCGUGGUCUAACAUGCUAGGAAUGUUCAUGCAAAUGCUUCUGGGUCAAACGGGAGGCAUCACUGGACCAAGCAAAAAUGACAUAGACGAAGGUGUUCCAGCUAGUCCAUGGGCAAAUCUUCUCUCCGUUGGUCUCCGAGUACUCACGGCACUUUUAGGUGGUCCUCAACAAUCCGUUGACGGUAUCGACAAAGUCGAUAAUCAAAGCAGUCCCAUGCAGGAAAUUUUGACUGCGGUGUUGGGCGCGUUUCUAGGACAGGGCAGAGACCCGAAUCAGGUUGCUGUCAUGGCUAAAAAUGCUUCAGAGUUCAUCAGCAUCGUCAUCAACCUGUUGGACGCAUUAAAGACAUCCUUCUCGCAUCGUUCUUUAUCCGCUCGUUCUCUUGGUAGACAUGACAGCGUUUCCGAAGCCGCCAUGGCAUCUAUUAGUAUGCUAAAGGGAUACGUAAGAUCAGUAAAAGCUUUCAGCAAUAUCGGUAGAGCAGAAGACGAAGGUCAACAAGGUUGUGCCGAAAGAGCCCUUUGCGAAGCCAGUGCUGAAUGUGCCGCCGAUGCUCAAGGCACAUCGACGAUUUUCUGUCAGCUAGGAUCAUAUGCAACAAGUUACAUGUUGCAAAGGCAGAGUGGUGUAGGAUUCGAAGCACUUUAUGACGCAGGACGACGUGGUCGUAUGGGAGAAGACUGUAGGACUCUUUUCAUGGAUUGUAACGUCGCAUGAGUGGGAAAUUUCGCAUUAAACGCAAUUUAAACGUUCGCGGGGAUCGUUUGAAAUUUUUCUGGGUUAAAAAUUCACGAAAUUAAGUCGAAGAAACGCAUGAAACUGAUCGACCUAAAUCGAGAAAUAGAUUUAUUUAGCGAUUAUCAUUAAAAAAAAAAAAAAAAAAAAAUCCUAAGGUAAGGUCGAAGAAAACGCUUUAACAAAAAAAAAAGGAAAAGGGAAAACAAAUUUUCCUAUCUAAAACUUAUGUUUGUUUACUUAAUUAUGUAAUUAAUUAGUGAAAAAUCAAACUUAGAAUUCACUUCGACACGGCUCUCGCGAAAAUUUUCAUUGCCGUUAAAAUUGUACGCACAGAAACGAAGUCGACUCGAAUCAUCGCGAAAGACGAAAUCUCUCGAAACGUGGAACGACGAUUUUCUCUUUCGUGAGUCUCUCGUUGAUAUCGUCGACCUUUUAAAAGAGCUUUCAGAACAAAAAUCGUCGAGCGUCUUAGCUUUUUCUAGAAGUAGACUGAAUAAGACUCGGGGCUCGACCGAACACGAAUGUUUGUGUUUGCUCGAGCCAACGAUCAUUAUUAUAAUUAUACUUAUUUAUAUUUAUUUAAACUUAGGAUAGAACGAUUGUUUCAAGUUGAUUCAUAUGCUCCGAAUGCGUUUUAACGAAAGCGUUUGUUUGUAUUAAUCGCGAUAAUACAUUUGUGUUGUUGGUUUGUUUUUUCAUCGAAAUUGAAGCAUCAUCGUGGAUUAUCUCUUGAAAAGACUAUUUCUUUCGUAAUUAUUGUCUUCCCGUGUAUUUUUCGUUUUUAAAAGUUAAUGCCAAAACUGUGAGAAUAAUUAGAAGACAACGAUCAAAUAAAAAAUAUCAUUUUUCAAAAUCUUUCAAUGACAUCCAUUGUUUUUUAUUUUUCUAAUAAAUACAUUAAAAUUUAUCAUAUUGAUUGACUUCGAUGAAAAUAAAGCUAAAUAUUUUUAUCGUUGAGAUGACUAUCGGAAUUAUCGCGAAUAAGUUCGAUUGUUAGAUAUCUCAUAUUUUUGAGGUAAAUAAAAAAGAGAAUUUCAUUUUCAUUAUUAUGAGAUAGAUACAAAACUAGGGGCGGAAAACAUUAAUUACGAUCCUCGUCUAACAACCGAUCAAAAUAAAUUAUUGUAU